AUCCUGCAUGUGUUUGCUUCGGCUGGAGUCUCCUGACUGUGGCUCUGAUCCCCGCGUCCGUAGGCGAAAUGUACACGUCGCUGCUGAACGUAAAGCAGGCGAUCAGCGUUGAACGGAAGCUGAUCGAUCACUUGAGAACUUACAUUGACCACGAGGUAGAGAGACUGGAGGACAUAAAACGCUUUUAUGCCAAAGUGUCCGACCUGCACGCAGAAUUUUACAAAGGCCCGGCGACUGCGACGGCAAACCCGCUGGUGGCGUUCACCCUGAUCAAGCGGCUGCAUUCAGAGUGGCUGAAUGUCGUCUACAGCAACGAAGCACUGGAGAACGCACAAGCCCUCAGGUCCAGUUACGAGGAGGAAGAGGCGGGUCUGCCCAAACGGGAAGACCUCCAGGGAGCUGCCAAGGGGUUGAUGAGGCUGCAGGAUGUGUAUUCUCUCCAGGUUGCGAGCCUCGUAAAGGGUCGUUUCCAGAGAGUCACUAACGGCAAGCCCACUGAUAUCUACCUGCCCACAGUGUCUGUCCUGCUGUCUGGUGAUGACUGCUUUCUGGUUGGAAAGGUGGCCUACGAGCAGGAAGACUACUACCACUCGGUGCAGUGGUUGGAGGAGUCGGUGCGUCUCUUCAGGGGAACAGGAGGCGAGUGGAGCCCUGAGAACGAAGGGACUUUGGAGGAUGCUCUAGAUCACCUGGCUUUCUCUCACUUUAAAACUGGAAACGUCUCCUACGCUCUCAGUCUGUCUCAGGAGUUACUGCAUCACGAUCCAAUGAAUGGAAGAGUUUUGCAGAAUGUUGAGAAAUACGAGAAGCUGCUGGUCACGAGUCCGCCAAAAUCAGUCAGGGGCAGCGGGCCGAGGAGACCCGCCUCCAAUUAUUUAAGGACCAGGAACACUUACGAGAGACUCUGCCAGACCCAAGGCUCUCAGCCGAUGCAUUUUGAAAAUCCCAGACUUUUCUGCGACUUCUUCACCAACGGCGAUCCCGGCCUGCUGCUGCUGCCGGCAAGACGCGAAGUGUUGAGCCUGCAGCCGUACGUGGUCCUGUACCACGACUUCAUCACUGACACAGAGGCCGAGGACAUCAAGGAGCUCGCCCAGCCGGGAUUGAGACGAUCCGUGGUGGCAGCUGGAGAGAAACAAGCGACAGCAGAGUAUCGGAUCAGCAAGAGUGCCUGGCUGAAGGGCUCAGCACAGUCCACUGUUGGGAAGCUGGACCAGAAAAUCUCCAUGCUCACAGGUCUGAAUGUGAAGCACCCGUAUGCCGAGUACCUCCAAGUGGUGAAUUAUGGGAUUGGUGGCCAUUAUGAGCCUCACUUUGACCACGCUACAUCACCUUCAAGUCCCGUGUUCAAGCUGAAAACUGGGAAUCGAGUGGCGACCUUUAUGAUAUAUCUCAGCUCUGUCGAGGCAGGUGGGUCCACAGCCUUCAUCUACGCCAACUUCAGUGUUCCUGUCGUGGAGAAAGCUGCCAUCUUCUGGUGGAAUCUCCGCAAAAAUGGUGAAGGAGACGAAGACACGCUGCAUGCUGGCUGCCCAGUGCUUGUUGGGGACAAAUGGGUGGCAAACAAAUGGAUCCACGAGCAUGGCCAAGAGUUCCGGCAUCGCUGCAGUCUGAAUCCUGAAGAGUGAGUGGGGUAGAGCGAUAGCUGGGCCCCUUGGAGUACUAGAGCCGGCCUCUACAAUUGAGAGGCACACUUGCAGGCAGAGAGAAGUGGCGAGCCAGAAAAGUGAGCACACGAGCAGGGGAAGGGGAGAGCCUGCAUCUGUGAUUGGAGCCCCGGGCCCCAGGGAGCCUGAAGCGUACAGUACACUGCUGCAGUGGACAUGGAGAGCUCAAGGCUGAGAGGCGGGGCAGAAGAGGAGUGGGGCAGUUGGCAAUCAGCCCCCAGAGGCCAAAUGCUCUCUUGCUCCUACUGGUCAGUUUCUGCAGAUGGA